CGUCCGUGUUUGUCCGCUCCGGCGUGCCGUAGUGAAGCUCUCUGAAAGUGAAAGCUCCUCCCUCAACAAACCUGUGUUUAAAGAGCAGAAUGGAUCCGCUCAGUCUGCCUCUGGACUGCCUCAUCAGCAUCUUUACUUUCCUUAACGAGGACGACUUAAUCACAGCCUCCUGUGUUUGUAAGGAAUGGCACGGAGCUGCAGAAACUCCAUGGUUAUGGAGAGAAUUGUGCUUGCACAGAUGGGGUUUCUGUAACCUAAGCCAGCUGCUCUCGGACGCUGACCGCUACACAUGGAAAAGGUAUUACCUGCGCCGCUCCAGUCUGGAAAUGAACAUGAAGUCAGGCAGGUCAGGAGGAGACUACACCUGCAAGAGCCUGAGAGGUCAUAAAGGCAGGGUCAUUAGUAUUGCUUACCUGGUGGAAAACAGCACAAUCCAAGACAGCUGGAACAGCACACCAAUCGUCUGCAGCGCAUCCAGUGAUGGCACAGUCAAAGCAUGGGACAUUCACAAGGGUGUUAAUCUGUGGUCCAGCUCUGGUCAGAACCCAUUGACUGCCAUGUUCACAGACCCACAGCAGUGUGUUGUAGGCGCAGCUGAUACCACUGGAACGAUUAAAUUGUGGAAGGGGCAGACAGGAGAGGAGCUGGCCUCUUAUUCCUCCGGCUCCUCUCAGUCCACUCUGCUGUUCUUAAGCAUGGACGGAAGCUCUUUUCUCAUGGUGGGAACUGCUCUGGGUUCACUACUCACUCUGAGCUCUCCGCUGCUGUCUGAACUAUCGAGGCAUGUGGUCUGUGACUCAUUCAGGCUGAAUGUUCUUCUCUCAUCACCUGAUAAGAAAUGGAUACUUACUGCCUCAAAAGAGAGCUCUGAUUUAAGCCCAAAGGUGUUCUGGAGUCAGAGUGUCUGUUGUCCUGUAAAGGACGAGGACACAGUGUGUCUGAAUCUACCGGUCAGCGGUUGCAGCGCAGCAGUGUUUCUCCCCUCUCAGCCUGCUCGACUGGCUGUAAUCCACGGCGAAGGCCUGGGCAACCAGAAAGCACUCACAGUCUUCGAUUUAAGCUUGAAGAAGUCUAAAUACAAGGAGGAGCCACAGGCUCAGCAAAUCGAGUCUUUUAAGCUAGACUUAAGCCACUGGCAUUUGGACAUCAUUCUCCAGGCUAAAGGGAACAGCACCAUUCUGGUUACAGAUGGCAACGAUCUGAAGGUCUACACCCUUAAAGGAGCCCUCAUCGCUAACUUUAAGGACCAUUUACAGCCCAUAGUGUCACUCUGCGUGGAUAACUUCCGGGUGGUCACUGCAUCUCGUGACUUGUCUUUAAGAGUACUGACAUGGAGAAAUGACCGAGAUAAAGGCCUGACCCUCGAGAGCCAGUACCACCUGCUAGGAGGCUCCCACACAAUGUCCAGAGGAUUCACCCAGGUGACGUGUGACUAUGCAAGUAUAGUUGCCUCAGUGGAGUCCGUGGAUGGGAAGGAUGCGCUGAAGGCUUACAUUUUUAAUGCUUGACCGAAUCCACUUUUGAAUUUUAAAAGGCAGCACUAGUAAGAGCAGAACAUUCAUGACCUCUGUGUCUCUCAAGCGUGAUGUUUUUACACUGAUUUGGAGCUGAGUGAGUAUUUAUCUGGUGGCUCUUACAGCAUUCUGGUCUUUUGACUAUUUCAAUACACUUCGGAUUUCUCUUCCUUUAAAUAAACAUGCUUUAUUUAUAUUCAAAAGAUUUACAUACUUAUUUGCUGCUGCAACAAACCGGUUAUGCUGUUAUAGUGACUUACACAAGUGUUACUUCUUAAGGCUGUUAAAGGGACAAAGUCAGAGGUAUCUUGCUGCUUGUAUAUGCCUUAACAAUGUCAGAAACUGUUAAUAUUUCAGCAAUAAAAUCUAUAUUACAAAACUUUA